AUGGCGUCGUGGGGAAAUAAUCGAGGUUCGAGGACAACCUCUACAGAUGAAAUGUUGGAAACAGAGAACAAUCGAAUGGUGGAAGAUUUGGCGGCAAAAGUUUCCCGUUUAAAAGGGAUUGCAAUUGACAUCGAGAAUGAAAGCAAGCAGCAAAACAAAUAUCUUGAUGGAAUGGGAGAUGACUUUGGGAGCUCAUCAAGUUUGUUGAGUGGCAGUGCAGCUCGACUAUCACAAAUGGUUUCUGCAGGACGAUCAAACAGAAAAAUCAUGUGUUACCUUAUAGCUGGACUAGUUGGAGUAUUCUUUAUUGGUUACUAUGCACUCAGCAAGGUUAUUAUCAGAUAG